AUGGCACUUAGUGUGGAAGAAGAUAAAAUGCUAGAUAUUCAUGCUUGUUAUGAACUAGGUGUGAAUGUACACUUGGGCAGUGAUGUGGGUGAGAAUCUAGUAGAUCCCACAGAAGACAUGCCUUUGAAUCAGGAUGAGGAACCUAAUGAUGGCAGUGAGAAUGAACCUAAUGGUGGCAGUCAGAAUGAACCUCAUGGUGCCAGUGUGAAUGAACCUCAUGUUGCCAAUGAGAAUGAAAGUGCAAAUGGGGAAGAUGCUGCUGAUGAUUAUGAUGAGAAUGGAGAAGGAGCUGUUGAUGAUAAUUUAGAAAAGGGUUCUGAUGACAGUGGCUUGGUGGAUUCUGACUACAGCUCUGAUUCUAGUAUGAAUAGAGAUGGGGAUGUGCAGCUAGAAGAUAUUGCUGCAGUUGAAAGAGAAGACAAUGCAACUGCUGAUGGUAUAAAUGAGGCAGUGAAUGAUGCUUCUGCAGGUGCAAAUGUGGGUUUAGAUGAGGCUGGUAAUGAUUCGUUUCAGGCAGAAUCUCAUGAGUUGCAUUCAUCAUUUGAUGACUCGGAUGCUGAGUCACAGAAACCUAGGUUUUCUGAGUUCAAGGAUGAGAACAUUAAAGAUCUAGUGUUUGAAAUUGGCAUGCAGUUCAAGAGCUUUUCUCAGUUUAAAGAGGCAUGA